AUGAAUUGGCAGAAUACUACACUGACAAAUAAUCAUGGCAAUUCAACUGGUGAUGGAGAUGAUGAUUUAGCCAUGCUUCGUUCAGCAAAUCAGGGUGAAGUACCUGAAGAAGUUUUUCAUUUUCACGAAGUUAUCGAUCAUAUUGAACGUAUGGAAGAAGAGAUCUGUGACGAUCAUAAAGCUAUAUGUGAUUCUUUAUCUGAAUGGAAUAAAGAACACUUUGCGUUAUACAAAAUAUCAAAUCAAGUGGAGUACGAUGUUGAAGAUUACAGUUUCCGUUUGGAAAAUUUGUUAGGUAAACAAAUCAAAACUUUAUCUUCAUUAAGAGAUAAAGUAACAAUAUGGCGGCGUGACCUACGUCAAGAAGAAGAGUUAAGCAGUAAUUUGCAGAGAAAUCGUAAAUUAUGA